UGACUUCCUUGCCCCUAGGCAUGCUGGGUAUGGUGGGAGAAGAAGCAGGAAGAGACCUACAGCAGGAGAACAUGCAGUGCAGACUAUUCAGAGCUGUAACAUCUCUGGAGACCCCGGAACAUGAGGAGCAGUGACCGACCAAGGAUGGAGACGGACAGAGACCACAUGUCUGGGAGGAUAUUAAACCUCAUCCUUGAGAUGAUCUACUGGAUCACUGGAGAGGAUUACACAGUAGUGAAGAAGUCGUCUGGUGAGUGUGUGACACCCCGUGUGUCAGGAGACUGGAGCAGGAGUCAGAGCCCCGCCCCCGAGGAGCCUCCACCUCAUUCACUGAAACAUGAGCAGAAGAUCCUAGAACUUACCUCCAGGAUCACUGAGCUGCUGACUGGAGAGGUGAGCGCUGCUGGGAAUGCUGGGACAUUAUACAAUAACACCAAGGUAUGAAGUGUCUGGAGGAGAAUUGUAUCAUUGUCUGUGUCAGGUUCCUAUAAGGUGUCAGGAUGUCACUGUCUAUUUCUCCAUGGAGGAGUGGGAGUAUUUAUUAGGACACAAGGAUCUGUACAAGGAUCAGGUCAUGAUGGAGGAUCACCAGUCCCUCACAUCACCAGGUAAGAGGAGAGAGCAGGUUUGUGGAUCUCCUAGAUUCCCCCAUCAUCUGAUCAUCACAUAUAACAAUGGAUUCAGUCACUGUGUUUAUUUCCUAUAGAUGGAUCCAGUAGUAUAAAUCCCCCCGAGAGAUGUCCCCGUCCUCUAUAUCCU